AUGGCAACAACAAAAUCAUUAAAUUUAAUUGGUAAAGAAUCAUUAUUAACACAUAAAGAAGAAGUUGAAAGACAACAAGGUGAAAUUGAAAUUAAUGAAGAUGAUGAACAUUUGGGUAUAUUACAUUUAAAAAAGGAAGAAUUAAUUGAUACAAUUAGAGAUAUUAGAGAUGAAUUUUUCGAUUUACAAGAUACACAUGAUCAAUUAAAAGAAAAGUAUAAAGAAAAAGUUAAAGAAGUUGAAAAUAAUAGAAAACUAUUAACAGAGAGAGAAGACCUACUAUUACAAUUACAAUGGGAUCCAACUGAAGAUUCAUCAUUUAUUCAACAAAUGGGUGCAUCAGAUACAAAUCAUGCAAAUGAAUUGAAAAUGAAAGCUAUGAUGGACCAAAUGAGGGUAAUGGAGAGAGGUGUCUACGAAAGGGAUGAAAAAAUUAAACAAAUGGAGAAACUAAUUGAACAAUUCACUCUAAAUCAAAUUAAUAGUGGUCGUGAACCAACUCAAAUCACUUAUUCUCAAUUUACUACCAUUCCACCAACUCCAACACCAACACAAUUACAACACCAAAAACAACAACAACAACAGCAAGAGGCAGAUCAAAAAGAUCAAAAAGAACUACCAAUAUUAAAUGGAGCUUCAGUUUCAUCUUCAAAUUCGUCACCUUUAAAUAGAGGUCCUUCAUUUUCUACAAGUGUUGAAGAUUCUCCAUCCCAAUUUGAUAAUAUUUCAAAUUAUCCAUUAUCAAAGAAAAUCAUUGAUAAUAUUGAACAGGCUGUAAAUGUAAUUGUACCAUCAUCACCAAGUAAUCCUUUAAAUAGGUCAAAUUCUACUGGAUUUUGGAGAUCACCUUCAAAUUUCUUUUCAAAUUUAUUAGGUAGAACUAAUGAUGUUAAUGAUGAAAAUAAUAAUAAUAAUAACAAUAAUAAUGAAAAUCAAGAUAAUGUUGAUAACGAUGAAAAUGAUGACGAUGAUUUUGCAUCAUUAGAUACCAAACCUUUCUCUGUUCCUGUAGAAUUACCUCCAAAUUUAUCUGCUGCCAGACCAUAA